AUGGAAGUCCUCGAAGAGAAUCGUAAAGUAUUGUUACGCACCAAUGAUCGUCUGACUAGUAUAAAAUCUAUUGCUGUAGAAACUGAAGAAAUUGGUACUGCGAUUGUUCAAGAAUUGGGAGAACAAAGACAGACACUCCAUGGUACUCGCAAUCGAUUGGAAGACAUUGACAGUUCCAGAAUAUCUUCACACCGUUAUGUCUCUGCUAUUAAUAGACAUGUUUUCCAAGACAAACUUAUGCUUGUACUCAUUAUUAUUAUUGAGGCCUGCUCUUUAGUUGGACUUAUCUAUAUAAAAUUUAUAAAACAUUAA